UGCCCCCAGCUUUAGGCCGCUCCCCCGAAGCCCAACUGAUUGCAGCGUCGAGGAAGCUGAAGCGCAAGCGCGGCUCUUUCGCCACGCCCACGGCUGGAAUCAUGGCGUCGGGUGCUUCGGAGGUCCAGGCUUCCAUGGCAACACUGCCUGGUGUGACGGAACGGUAUUUCACCCGCUGGUACAAACCAGAUGUAAAAGGUAAUCAGUGUGAAGAUCAUUGCAUAUUGCAACAUUCUAAUAGAAUCUGUGUCAUCACUAUAGCAGAUGCCCAUCCUCUUCUUCAAAAAGAAAAACCAAUUAAGAGUAUUAGUUAUCAGAUUAGUGCAAACUGCAGCAGACUGAAAAAUAAAGUUUCUGGAAAAUCUAAACGGGGCGCAGAGGGGAGGAGACGGAGUGCUGCCUGGUUGCCUGAUAGAACAGCCGGAACGGCGGAGGCUGCGUUGGGUGCUCAGUUUCUAACAGAGCUUGCACCUCUAUGUCGAAUUCUCUGCUCAGAUGGAGAAGAGUACACCAUCUAUAGCUGUAUAAGAGGAAAAUUAAUAGAGGUGAAUGAAAAUAUUCUGGAAAAUCCAUCUCUUCUACAAGAAAAGCCUUCCACAGAGGGUUACAUUGCAGUUGUGUUACCGAAAUUUGAAGAAAGCAAAAAAGUAACUCAGGGGCUUCUGACAAGGGAAGAAUACAAAGAAGUUCUGUCAAAACGUUUUAAUUCCACAUCAUUAUGCAAUACAAAGAAAGAAAACUCAGCAGAAGUGUGAAAUACAUCAGAUAUCUUCCAGUAUGUCCCAUACUAAAGUGACUUUAUGGAUUUUUCAUACUUUACUUUUGGAUGAUUAUAAUUUUAAUUGUUCAUUUUUAAACAACAAAGUCAGUGUUUUAAGACUUUCAAAAAUCUCAUCUGUAACUUUUAGUAUUGGAUUUAAGGAUGUAGUGCCAAAAUAUUGUAUGGGUUCUUUAUGUCAAUAAAAGCUUUUGUUUACUUAGA